GUUCGCGUUUUCUCUCCCGCCGGAGGCUCCGUUGCAAGCCCGGAAGUGGAUUCGACGACAUGAACUGACUCGGUCGCAAAAACAUGAAUUCCAAGAGUUGUUUUUUGUCGUGAUUGGCGAUGGAACGUGUCGGCACGAUGUCCAACGCGGCGAGAAGUGGAGACUUGAUCCACCUGAACGUGGGCGGGAAAAGGUUCAGCACCUCCCGGCAGACGCUCACCUGGGUUCCUGACUCCUUUUUCUCCAGUCUCCUGAGCGGGCGCAUCUCCACCUUGAAGGACGAAACCGGGGCUAUCUUCAUCGACAGAGAUCCUUCCCUGUUUGCGCCCAUCCUCAACUUCCUGCGCACCAAAGAGCUGCACCCGCGCUCCGUCAGCGUGCACCUUCUCAUGCACGAGGCCGAGUUCUACGGGAUCACGCCUCUCGUGCGCAAGCUGCAGCUGUGUGACGAGUUGGACCGCUCCUCCUGCGGAAACGUCCUGUUCAACGGCUACCUGCCUCCGCCGGCGCACCCGGCCAAGCGCCGCAACCGUCACAGCGUGGCCGGCUCCCAGUUCGCGGCGGCUCGGACGGCGCCCGGCGAGAGGGCCCCGGUGCGACGCAGCAACACCAUGCCGCCCAACCUGGGCCACUCGGGCGCGCUGACCAGGGCGGAGGAGAGAGCGCCCGCAGGGCCGUCAUCGGAUCCCGGCUUGGUCCGCAUCAUCUGCGGCCAUCACAACUGGAUCGCAGUGGCCUACUCUCACUUUGUGGCGUGUUACAGGGUGAAGGAGUCCACCGGGUGGCAGCAGGUGUUCACCUCUCCUCGCCUGGACUGGCUGAUCGAGCGGGUGGCGCUCAACGCCAAGGUGAUGGGCGGCUCCCUGGGGGACAACGACAAGAUGGUGGCCGUGGCCUCGGGAACGGAGAUCAUCCUCUGGUCCAUCUGCCCGGACGGCAACGGCAACGAGAUCGGCGUCUUUGGCCUCAAUGUGCCGGCGGAGGCUCUGUUCUUUGUGGGUAACCAGCUGAUCGCCACCAGUCACACCGGCAAGGUGGGCGUGUGGAACGCCGUCACCAAACACUGGCAGAACCAGGACGUGGUUCCCAUCAGCAGCUACGACACGGCCGGCUCCUUCCUCAUCCUGGGAUGCAACAACGGCUCCAUCUACUACAUUGACGUUCAGAAGUUUCCUCUGAGGAUGAAGGACAACGACCUGCUGGUGACGGAACUUUAUCGAGACGCCACGGAGGACGCCAUCACCGCACUCAGCGUUUACCUCACACCCAAAACCAGCGACAGCGGCAACUGGAUCGAGAUCGCGUACGGGACCAGUUCCGGAGCGGUCCGCGUCAUCGUGCAGCACCCGGAGACGGUGGGCUCGGGCCCGCAGCUCUUCCAAACCUUCUCGGUCCACCGCAGCCCCGUCACCAAGAUCAUGCUGUCCGAGAAGCACCUCAUCUCGGUUUGCGCCGACAACAACCACGUACGCACCUGGACCGUGACCCGCUUCCGGGGGAUGAUCUCCACCCAGCCGGGAUCCACGCCGCUCACCUCCUUCAAGAUCCUCAGCCUGGACGAAGUGGACGGCCAGGGAGGUUGCAGCGCCGGCACCGAGAUAGGGCCGUACGGCGAGCGAGACGACCAGCAGGUCUUCAUCCAGAGGGUGGUCCCGGACACCGACAAACUCUACGUCAGACUGUCGUCUAACGGCAAGAGGGUGUGCGAGGUGCGCUCGGUGGACGGCACGUCCAUCACGGCGUUCGUGGUGCACGAGUGCGAGGGCUCCAGUCGGAUCGGCUCGCGGCCUCGCCGCUACCUGUUCAGCGGCCACGCCAACGGCAGCAUCCAGAUGUGGGACCUCACCACCGCCAUGGAGAUCGCCGGCAAGGUGGACAUCCGAGCGCUGGGCGGGCCGACGGAGGAGGAGCUGCUGGAGCUCCUGGACCAGUGUGACCUGGCUCUCACCAGAACUCCUGACAGCACGCCCAGAACGUCCACGUGCAGCCUUUCUUCAGGUUUGUGCGAAGGCCUCCGCGCCGAUCGAACUUGCCCUUCGGGGGGAGGAAGAGGAGGAGGAGGCGGCUCUUCCCUCUGCGGGAGUCUCCCUCGCCAAGCUCCGCCCCCGGCCCCUCUCGCCAAGUCCUCCCGAGACCUGGUCCCGUCCUCGGGUCCGCCGCCCCCCCUCGCCCUCGCCGCCUACGGACCCCGGCGCCUCCCCGGCUCCAGCCCGCACCCCCGCCGGCAGGCCGAGUGCGGCCGGGCCCGGGGGGGCGCUUCGGCCGAGCGCGAGUGCGGGUGGGUGCGCAGGGGCAGCUUUGUGGAGCGCUGCCAGGAGCUGGCCAAGGGCUCCGAGGUGGCAGGGGGCGCCGAGGGCACGAGGCGCGGCCCGGCCGCGUGCGGCGAGCCGGAGGCGCGCUUCGGCCCCGGGACGCCCGCCGCCUUUUUCGCGACGCCCGCUCCUCACCACCCGCACGCCGGGGCGCCUUCAUCCCCGGUGUCGUCGCGACGCGGGCCCGCCGCACCCGCCUCCCUCGCCGGCCCCCCGUCCGCCGUUACCAGCCCGACGCGCUCGCAGACGCUCACCCCGGGGCGCCGCGGCGCGUCCCCGUCGUCGGACGUCACCGCGUCACCCGAAAGUCCGCCGGGCGCGGACAGCCCCGUCGGCACCGCCGCCGCCGCCCCGACGACCGGCCCCAAACCGCACAUGAACGAGACCAGCUUCUGACAGCCCGUGUGACAGGCACGAACAAUGACGUGCAAGACACACACACACACACACACACACAAAAGAAUUGCUUCCGGUCUGGUCGCCGUGGUUACCACACCAACACGGCAACAAAAAAAAAACGUGUCGCCAAUGCUGCCUGUCAAUCAAAUCUGUUUAGUUUUGUUUUUUCAAUGGCUCCUCCCUAUUGUGGACAUCAACUACUUGCAUUGCUAACGGCAGGGGGCGCUCGGGAGCCCUGUGUGCAAAUGGGCGGGAACCCAAUGUUUGAUUUCGCUGCCUCCAAGUGGCCAAAUAACAUUCAUGCCUGGUAUUGGGGGGGUUUUCAAGGUGGGGUGUUACACGUUCGUCAUUGUGACUUUUUUUUGGAAGUAACAAGAGUUUUUCUCUCUGUGCUAUGCAAUAAAUAAACCAACAACUAAAGGGAUUCUUGGAACCAA